AUGCAUGAGGACAUCCUAGCUGAGUCUGGGAACAAGAAGACAGGAAACUCAGAUGAGAACCCCAGUCAGUGGCUAGAACGCUACUUCAACCGCAAAUGCUACAUCACCUUCCUGACUGGCUGCUACAGUUGCCACUGGCAGUACAGAGAGUGGGAGACAGCUGAACUUGGAUCCUGUUGCUGCUCCUGGAAAGAGCAAUUUUCUUAUCUGUGCCUGAUAAUUGCAUUCGUCUUGUCUGUGAUUUUUCUGUUCGUGUGGGCAGAAACCUCCAAUGAAUACAACGGCUUUGACUGGGUUGUUUAUCUAGGGACAAAACGCUGGUUCUUGUGGUCCAUUAUUAUGUUGAGUACAGCUGGGAUCCUCACUGCCUACACUUCCUUGCUUUUGUUAAUUGGGGCUUUUUUGCUCUGGGAAAGGAUUGAACUAUAUCUGCAUACGUGUCAUAAGGUCCUCGUUUUGCUAGUUAUUGCUCUGUGCUCCUUCUUAUUAGCUAUUUUAAACCGGUACUGGACGGACAAGUGGCUGAUAGCUGGGCUCUCACUGAAGAUCUUUGCUCCCUUUGUGCACAUGAGCCUCAUAACUGUGAUGAUUAUCAUUUCCUGGCCUCUAGCCAUCUGUGUGGCCCACUUGGAAUCAGAAGUUAGAAUAAGAAGAUACAAGAUGGCAGGUUACGAGCACGAAGUCCCGGAAAGUUAUAAUAUAUUCACAAGGUUAAGAGCUCUACAAAUAGCUGCUGGAUUGCCCUUCCUUCUUAUUCUUUUAUGUCUUUAUUUGAUGCCACUGGGAAUUUAUUCUCCCUGCAUUCUGAAGAAGGAGAAUUUAGGGCCUAAGCCUAAAUUCUUUGGACAUAGAGGUGCACCCAUGUUGGCGCCAGAGAAUACCAUGAUGUCCUUUGAGAAGGCUGUUGAACAUGGUGCCUCUGGCCUGGAGACUGAUGUGUACUUAAGUUGGGAUGAGGUGCCUUUCCUCAUGCAUGACUAUGACCUGAGUAGAACAACCGAUAUCAGAGAGGUCCUACCAUCAUCUGCUUAUCAACAUACUGCCAACUUCAACUGGACAUUCCUGUCAACUCUGAAUGCUGGCAAAUGGUUCGUACAGCAUAAGCCGUUUUUUGGCAUGCCACCUUUAUCAGAGUCUGAUGAAAGAAGAGCAAGCAGCCAAACAAUUCCAUCGCUGGCUGAGUUAUUGGAACUUGCCAAAAAUGAAAAAAAGUUUGUGAUAUUUGAUCUUUUCGGCCCUCCACCAAAUCAUCCUCUCAGAAAAAAUUUUGUUCGAAGAGUAGUAAGGGUCAUCCUUGACUCCAAAAUUGAGCAACGUCUGAUAUUUUGGUUGCCAGGUCACGACAGAAAAUAUGUCAGGUCCGUGGCUCCUGGUUUUCAGCAUGUGGGUCGUUUAAGAACCCUUGAGGAGCUUGCAAAUGAGAAUAUGAGUAUAAUAAAUGUUGACUAUAAGAGGUUGUUCUACAGUGGGUUGAGACACUAUAAGGCAGCUAAAAUCCACAUCAAUGUGUACACUGUCAAUGAGCCUUGGCUCUUCUCAUUGGCCUGGUGUUAUAGGAUCAACUCUGUGACCACAGACAACAUCCAGGUCCUGAAUCAGCUUAGUCACCCUCUCUUCUUCAUGACGCCAGGAAACUAUACAUUCAUAUGGCUUUUCAUGGUUGCAGCUUCUGGGAUUAUCAUUGGCUUUGUAUUUUGUUAUCACUGGAUAAAAGAGCUUAAAAAAGAGAGGUGGCUGGAAGAGGCGACUGCUGCACCUACAGUUUUUGAGAUGCAGUUGAACAUCCAGUUCUCAACUUAG